GGUCACCACGGUGGCCGUGGGAGUCGCCCGGGUUAGUUUGACUGAUUAGCGCACCUGUCGCCCGGGCAACAUGGUAACGGACGCGCGUCUGUCGUGUCUUAUUAGUAGUUUACAUUAUUAAAGAUGGAUUAAAACGGAAGUCCGGGGGCGGAGGACUGGUCACCAUGGUGACCGUGGGAGUCGCCCGGGUUAGUUUGACUGAUUAGCGCACCUGUCGCCCGGGUUAUUUUGACUGAUUAGCGCACCUGUCGCCCGGGCAACAUGGAAACGGACGCGCGUCUGUCGUUAAAAGAAUCGGUUCUUUCCUAUCUGGACAGAAGCGGCGGUCUUCUCAAACUUGCCGAGGACUGCGAGCAGUUCAACGACCCCCAGCAGAAUGAGGCGGUCUACAGGUUUUGCGUCAGUGUGAACCCAGCUGACGUGAUGGAGUUGGACCCUAGACUGGGUGACUGUGUCCUGCAUGACCCGCUGACAGCCACAGCCCUUUUUCGAUCUGUGUGCUUCCUUUCAAUUAAGACGCUUUCCCUCAUUGAAAAGAUACACACAGAAAAUCAGGUGAAUAUAAUUGUGAAGUUGACACACCUGCCACCAUUUCCGGAUUACACCUUGGACCUGUCUUCCUUCCCUCGUGGGUAUGGUCCCAUGAGACCUCUUGCCAUGGAGGGCUUGGUCAUCGCCCUGACUAGGGUCACUAACUACACCCGGGGGGCCAGAUUCCUCUGCACUGAUUUUGACUGCCCCAACUCUUCAGGAUUCAACUACAUCCGGGUUCAUGCUCCUGGAGCUACUGAGUCGGCCACUGUGAGAAAUGACUUCAUCUGUCUCAUUUGUGGUUUUCCCCUUAAAGAAGAUGUCAAGUUCAGAGUACUGGGAGACAAACAACUGGUGGCGCUGAUCCAUGUCCAAGCAUUGGAUGUCCUGUGUGCCCAUCCACAAAAUUCACUGCGGAACCAAUCUGUCACCCUGUUUCUCAGAGACGAGCUGUGUAAUUCGAUGAGAAUCGGCCGGCUCUACAGGGUACUGGGCAUUCCUGCGCAUGUGCACCAGUGGCCUAAUAUUACCUGGAGUGUAGAGGCUAAUAAUGUUCAACCGUGGGAGCAAGAGUAUCCUCAUAAGGUAAGCGACAACUUCCAGGCUCUAUUGAACGCCACAGCCUGUUCUCCCUGGCGGUUCGCUGCCAUGGUGGCCAAAUUCUUUGGGUCAGCUGUGGUUCCUCCAGGCCUGUACAACACCCUGAAGCUUGGCCUGCUGCUCAGCUUGGUCCAGACCAAAGAAGACAAAACGGAUACAUCUCACUGCCUGGACCUGCUCGUCCUUACCACUGACACUCUUAUACUAGAGAGGCUAAUGGCGUACGGUUUGGGUCUGGCAGGGCGUGGGGUCAGGCAUCAGGCCUCAGGGGAGAUGUUCGCUUCUCUCUCCCAGGAUGAACAUGGCACGGGCACUGCCAACAUCCAUGCUGGCUCUGCCCUGUUGGCCACUGGUGGCAUCUGCAUGCUGGGAGACUUAAGCUGCUAUAGAAAGGACAAGCUGGAUGCAAUUCAGUCAGUUCUUGAGAGUCGCACAGUGUCUGUGUUCAUCCCAGGGAAAAAGUAUGGUGAGGAAGCUGACCAGCAGCUCUCCUUCCCAGUCCAGUGCAGUUUCUGGGCCCUGUCAAACUCCAUGGAUGCCUCACGGCGGUCUGGCAGAGUAGAUUGUGCUGUGCUGGGAACAGUGGAAAUGGGCCCGGUGUCUGUUCAGCUGGCGGAGGCCUUUGGCCUGGUGAUCCAGUGUCGUGACACAAUGGCAGAAAAAGCCCUGCUCGCCCAGACUGUCCACACUAUCAGACAAGCGGUACAGCCAGGGAAGCCCCUCUACUCAUCCGAUAAUAGGUUUCCGACGCAAGACUUUAAGGAGCUCCUUGCCCAUGCACGUGGGUUGCAAGUAGAGCUGAGUUCUGGGGCAGAGAAGAUGAUCCAUGGGUACUACAUGGCCAGCCGGAGGGUCCGAUCAGUCCAGAACCAGGGUGUCAAGGUGUCUGUGACCUCCGUCAAACUUCUAAUCUCACUGGCUGAGGCCCACUGCAAGCUGAGCCUAAGAACGAAGGUACUAGAGGAAGACGCCUUGAUUGCUGUGCUUCUGUGUGAGAACUCUAUCACCUUCAGACACGGGGCCUCUGCUCUCAUUAUUCCACCUGACGCAGUGUUUCCCUGUGACCUGCGGGAUCUGGUGGACUUGGCCAGGAGAGACCAGGCCCUGGAGCAACUCCACCAGAACGUCUUGCACUUCAUCUACGCCUUCGCACCCGGGGCAGACACAUACAUCACAGAGGAGUAG